AAGUAAACAUGGUGGGAAAAGGUAGAAGUAGCGGCUAGGAUCAAAAGGGUGAAGGGGAAGAAACAAAAAAGAAGAUUAGAAAAAAAAAUCGAGAACUGGGUGAGAAAGCGUUAUCAAAACAGAAAACAAAGUACCCUAUCUGUAUUUCAGGAAGGCUCUGUGAUUUGCAGUCCAGGUUCUUGGGCACCACUUUUUAGUUUCAGGGCCAUCUUUUCUUUGGGUUUUUCACAUGGUGUGCAGUCCGUUUCGUGGGAGGUGGUCCAGUGGGCUUGGGAAAGGCACUUCCUCUCCUGAGCUUUAAAAGCACAAUCCAUCUCCACUUUAGGACUGAAGCUGGCUUGAAUUUCGGCAGGGCUUUAAAGUCCGCAGGGAAUACAGUGACCACCUCUGGGAGGGGCAGCAAGGUUUGAAUGAGAAAAGCUACAAGGAGCUGGCUUCUAAGGAUGCCUCUUCAAUAACAGAUGGGAUUAGCAGCCCCCAGCACUUUAAUGAGAAGGUUUCUCCUCCUCUUCCUACUCCUUACCUGCUCAGACAAUAUUAAUUGCCAAGUCAUUGUUUGGAAACCCCAUGGGGCAGAGAAGAAAGGAACAGCAGUGUCAGAGGUGGUUCUGAGCCAAACACUAGGAGAAGUCUCAGAAUUUGCCUGAAACAAAUGCUUAGCGCUCACAGACUGCUGUGUGCCCUCCAAGAGACAAAAGAAGAAAUUUAGGAUGAGUGUGGUCAGUGGAAGCUUCUCCAACCACUGGUGAUCACCUUCCCAGGGGACUUGGUGGGGCAGAUGAGGGCCAUUUCAACUGUUUCUCUUCUCUGACCUUAAAUUCAAACCAGACAGGCAUUUCUGAAUCUUCUGCUUCUGGGGCUGGGAGGGAAUGGGGGUCUGAGAUGCAACCUAAUUCUCAGAUCCAAUUUCUGUUGCAAAUGAUCGAACCUGUGACUUUGGAGAAGGCCUGAAGUUUGUCCAUCGAGGGCUGUGCUCCGGGUCAUAGCAAACCAGGGCAGACACCUUCAGCCAUCUCACUUGGCUCUGUGCCUGAAGCCACUAAGGUUUCCAAAGCGGCAGGCAUCCCGGUGGGGGCUCAUCACUUCUCCAAACCUCUUGCUGGCCUCUGGCUUAGCUUUGGGUGGAAGCAAAAGACUGAGAGUCCGGGAUUUUCUCCCUCCGUUUCUGAGAUAGCAGGACGUACUAAAAAAGCACUGACCAGUCCAGUAGAAGACCCAGGUCCAAACCCAGACUCUGUCACCAACUCACAGUGACUCUGGGCAAAUCUCUUCUUACCUUUGAAACUCGAUUUCCUCAUCUUUAAAACGGGGACAGUGGUCUGUGCCACGUGACGCCCAUCUCACAGGGAUGCUCAAAGAAUCAAAAGAGAUCGUGCAAACCUCAAGGUUUUGUGAACGCUAAACUGUGAGAACGUGAGGGAUUUUACCUCCGAGGUAACCGGGUCUGAAGCUAUUACAGUAAUUCACUGGCGGGGAAGGAGAUGCGCUGAGCAUUCCCUGGAAGUAAGCAGUCCUGGCCUCAAUUGCAUCCCCAAGUCUAAGGCGGGUGCGCCGGAGAAAGGGCACAAACUCAAGUCACAGAGGUGUGUGUGUCGGGGGAAGGGAUCCCCGGGAUGGAAGUCUACGUGACGCCCUCCGAGAGUCCCAGAGGGUUGGGCGGAGGCGCGCGGAGCCGACUGCACUGUCCCCGCGGGCACGCGCACCGGGCGCGCGGAGGCUUCCUGGAGCCCAGGCAAGGGGCCUCCUUACAGCGCCGGAUAGUCCCGAGGCUGGCCGGCGCUGCGCCGGUGCCAAUCGGAGCGCAGCCCCCUACGCCGCUCUCCCCGCCCCGCCUCCCCGCCCCCCUCCCCAGCUUCACUUGGCCGCGCGGACCCGGCUCCCGGCUGGAGAGCUGCGGCCAAGCCAUAGCCGGAGGCAAGCCCUAGCGGCGCCAUCCCCGACCCCGCGCCGCCGACCGCCGGCCCGCGGGCGACGGGCAUGCUGGCAUGGCAGGACGGCGGGGCCAAGGCGGCUCCCUCCCACCACAAGAUCUCUUUCUCCGUCCUGGACAUCCUGGAUCCGCAGAAAUUCACCCGCGCAGCGCUCCCGGCCGUGCGCCCGGCGCCCCGGGAAGCCAGGAAAAGUUUGGCGGAGAUCGAAGCGGGGAAAGAUGCCAGCUCCAGGGACCCUGUACGACAGCUGGAGACCCCUGAUGCUGCGGGCCCAGGCGCCGGCCAGGCGUCCCCCCUGGAGGGUUCCGAAGCGGAAGAGGAGGAGGAUGCGGAGGAUCCGGGGAGGCCGCGGCGGCGGGAGCGGGCUGCGCGCUUGCUGCCGGGCCCAGCGCGCUCACCUGACGCCCCGGCCGGGGCAUUGGCGUCUGGGGAGCCCUGCGAGGACGGCGGGGGCGGCCCUGUGGGGUCCCCUCCGGGCUCUCCCGGCUCCCCGCCGCCCAGGCGCCGGCGCGUGGUGCCCAACUGCGCCAAGCCGCGGCGCGCGCGCACCGCCUUCACCUACGAGCAGCUGGUGGCCUUGGAGAACAAGUUCCGGGCCACACGCUACCUGUCCGUGUGCGAGCGUCUGAACCUUGCGCUGUCGCUCAGCCUCACCGAGACGCAGGUCAAAAUCUGGUUCCAGAAUCGCAGGACCAAGUGGAAGAAGCAGAACCCGGGUGCCGACGGCGCGGCGCAGGUUGGGGGUGGCGCGCCCCAGCCAGGGGCGGCGGGGGGCGGCGGCGGCGGCUCAGGGGGCAGUCCUGGCCCUCCCGGCACCGGCGCUCUGCCCUUCCAGACUUUCCCCUCCUACUCCGCGGCCAACGUCCUCUUCCCGGCCGCCCCCUCCUUCCCGCUGACGGCUGCCGUCCCCGGGAGCCCUUUCGCGCCGUUCCUCGGGCCUUCCUACCUGACCCCCUUCUACGCCCCGCACCUAUGAAUCAGGAGCCCCCGGCCCCUCCUUCGCGGGAUUCACGAGGGAUUGGCAUCGUCGUGUGCCCUCGGCUCCUCCACCUGGGGUGCAGGUGCGCGGGUGUCAGCGCGCCCCUUCCCUUCCAGAGGCCUGAGACUCCGCCCCUCUGCCCGCCGCGGGCACCUGCGAUCCUCGCGAGCCACCGGGGUCAGGGAUCUGCUAUCCUUCAGAGUGUCUGGGGACGGAGGCUGACCCCAGACCUUGCGGUUUCUGGACCUUGCUGUUCACUGUGGGUCAGGUUUAAUUCAGUUCAGGGGCUAUUUUUUGAGGCCCUGGGUGUUCGGCGCGGGGCUAACCAAGAUGCCAGGAGGGAAACACGGAGAGCAGAGACGCCCUGGUUGCCAGCUGCUGGCGGCUAGGAUGGAACCUUUAAAGGUGCUGGCUCAUCAAAGGCUGAGAAACAGUCUCUGUUCACAACUGAUAGCUUCCCCUCGUCAUGCUGGAUGGUUCAGCCCAAACCCAGAGAUUUCCAAAUCCUGAACGAGGCUGGGGAAAGCUUGGUCCUGGAGCACACACGGCCAUUCUGAAACGACUAUUUUUAAAAUGCAUAAAACUCCGCAUUUCUAGAUCUUUACUUAAGAUUCGGACUGGAGCGCAAUACUUGUACCAAAUAACCUCCCCAGGUUAUUCCUGAGGGAGGGGGUACCUUGGUUUUCUGAGUAGGCCGGAAGUUUGUGGUAGGAAGGGUGACUUUGAUGUGUAGCUAGACUCACCUGCUAAAGUAGACACAGGUCUGUUGCACUGCAAGUUUUGAGAACAGCUUGGACCAAACCACACAGUGGCCCCAAAGGCAUAAAAAUGAUAAUGAAGGCAGCAAUGGCUCAACUAAUAUCAGGAAGUCUAUGCAUGAGGCUGCCUACUUUGAUUUGCAGUAGCUGAUUCUUUAAAACUUCAGUCCUGGCUUCUCUGCCUGUCCCAGGGAUUCCUGGGCUCCCAAUAGUGAGCCGGGUUGGGGAAGAGCUAGCUCCACCAGCACACAAUACAUGUGGACAGCUGAACUGUUUUUUAAAAGCACAAACUCAACAUUUUUAGAUCUUCAUCUAGGAUUCUGACUUGAGAACAAUUCUUAUUACAAACAGACUCUCCACAGUGGUGAACAAGUGGAGACUGUAAGGGCCCAUGAAAGCAAUACUUCGGUGUGAAGAGCUGUCAUGUUCCUACUGGAUUCACCUCCAGGAACCUGAUACAUGGACAUGCAUUUUAACUGCUGCUUUUAUUACCUCCCUUAAAAAAUUCGUUCUGCGAAAUUCCCUUGCCACUUUUGCUUGGGAUACGUUUCCUUUAGUUUUCUACCUAAUAUAAUCUUGUAGCCCACAUCUCAGAAACCCAGAGGUCCCCAGUUGUGUCAUGUAUGUUUCGUUCUCACUUUUGAUUACUUGAGGUCAGCUGAGAUCUAUGUGGAUACCAUAUUCCUUGCUAUUUGUUGGUAGCCUAUGCUACUAACAAUCAAAUUUAGUGGUCGAUGGCUUCAAAGUAAAGCACACUGUUUGGCAUUAUGGGUUGCAGUUCCAUUACUAUGAUCUUGAAAUAGCUCGUUCUAUCAUCAGGAAUGAUAGAAAAUAUUCCCCAUUUCUCCCAAAUUAAAUGAAGACCUUAUGGUUCAUGUGACUCUCAUAAGGUUUGAUAGUAUAUAUUAUUUAAUUACUUAAUAUCCACUAAUUAGACUCUUUUCCUUCUAAAGAAGAAUGUCCCCCAGACAACACAUGGUAACUUUCUAAAAGACAGUUGGUGCCAGAUGAGAUUAAAAAUGCAGGUACUAUACUAGAUAAUAUUUACCUUACCCUUUGGUAAACACUCCUUUAAUAACUAUUCGUUGGUUUCUCAAAAGCAAUAUCCCAUAUUAAACAGACAAUUCAAGUGUGACCAUUCCUCUGUAACAAAUACGCUGAAUUUCUGUAAUAAGUGGGAAACAUUUCAUUCCAGUCUUCUCAGGUACCAGAAUCACGGACUUCAGUAGAAGAGAGGGAAUAGGGAGGGAGGUGGGAGGCUGAUGUGUUCGUGGCCUAGCACGGUGCUGUAAUUCCUGACCCUCUGGUUUCCACAGAUUGUUGCAGAGUAAUGCUUGAAGCGUGUGACUUUGGAUUUCCGCUGCUUUAAAAGGCCCAGUGGCUUUCCAACCAAAUCCUUAGACUCAAUCUAUUGGUGUGUUUGUCUAAUAAAUUCUUUUUGUAAUACAUU